AUGAGUCCUUCCAAGCCAAAGCCGACGCCGAACCGCGACCCAGAGCCGGCUACUUUCGACUUCAUCAAUCCACCGACGUCUACGUCUUCAACAUGGCAGCCCGCCCUACUCUCCACGGGGACGAUCAAGAACUACGUUGGUUUCUACUUCACAAACAUGCACACGACAGCCUGCAUUCUCGACCGGCAAACCUUAGCAGAGACCAUUUCGACUCGACUUGCCACCGACUCUGAAGUGUACUGUCUCACAGCGUCCAUUUGUGCAUUUGUCAUGGUGCAGCCUGGUGUGAAUCUCGCCGUUGCGCCGGGCGGUUACUACGAUGGUGAGCCUCCAGAGAACCGCUUUGCCUACACGAACAUGCUUCUAGAAGACAUCACCCGUGUACGAAAAUCGAUCAACUAUAUUGGAUCACCCACAUUGAGCUCAGUCCAGAUCUCCUUCUUUUUGUUCAGCUGCUAUUUCAGCCUUGAGGAGCAGAAUAUGUGCUGGUUCCAUUUGCGCGAAGCCGCCACGCUGGCUCAGAUCUUAAACAUGCACGAGGAAUCCUCGUAUUUGGCUGGUGAUCCCGUCGAAAACUCGUACAAAAGAAGAAUGUACUGGUUGUUACUGGUCACAGAAAGGGCGUACGCAAUAGAAAGACAUCGUCCCCUAAGUCUGCAUGCUACCAUCGAUCUGCCAACCGCCCAAGGAGCGGCCGAAGAACAAAUCAUAUCGGGGUUCCUGCACCUUGCGAGUCUUUUCCGUUACAUUGACGACACAUUUAUGACCCUGUGGAAUAAGGCAAAAGGCAAGUGUACGGCAGUCUGGCUUUCGCAGCUGCAACACCAGCUUAGCAGUACGCUGCCCAGUCAGCUCGAGACAACGGAAAGCCAAGUGGUCGACAUCAAGAUUACCUUGCACUGGUUGCGCAUCAUGGUCUGGCAACUCUCUAUCGCCAGCGGACGUUUAUCAUCGAGCUCACCAGAUCCGUCCUUGACGUUCAAGUUCCCGGUACAGGUGGCAAGAGAUUUGAUCCAAGAUGUACGGCACAUAUCUUUAAACUCCAUGGAAGUCCAUGGGAUCGGAUUGAUCGAGAAGCUGUUCGAUGUAGCUUGUACGCUGACUGACAUAAUUUCCUAUGUGCCUCUGGAGCCUUCAGCAAAUAUCGAGGGUGAAACACCGGUGGAGUGCCUGAAUCAGUUCCUGGGCCUUAUUUCUCAGCUCCGCGGCGGCUCGUCUCGCUAUUUGCCCUUGCUUGUGGAAAAAAUCUCGGACAACCUCCAAAGCAUCGUUCCACGAGUCGAGCUUAGGCAGAUGGACAUUAAGCAAGGUCACGCUGGUGCGACCGAGAAUAUCCCUAAGCCGGCACCAUCGAAACGUCCACGAUUCUUGAUGCUGACUUGGGCCCACGAUCAGAGACCAAGGGGUGCUAUUCCUGAAUCAGAUUCACAAGCGCAGCAGCAGAAAUAUCAUGACCAAGGCCAGUUGCCUGCUGCAUGCAGUCCUAGUACCCAGGAAAGCGAUACGAGCACGACUCCAUCUAGCUAUUCUGGUUCUAGCGGUUACACUGCACAACAGCAGACUCACCAUCCCUUAGCUCCUGCACCAAGAUGCGUCCCGUCCAUGGAGGAGCGGUCCAGUUUGAGGCAUACACUGGUUGAUACAACAAAUUCAGGACAGCAAAAGUGA